GUAUUUGCUUAUUUACUUAUAUAGUCAAAGAUACAUACAGGCUAAUUUAAAAACAUUCGUGAAUUUGACAAGUGUAUUUACCCACAUUUGAAAGUAGGUAUCGAGCAUAAAUAAGAUCGAAGCAGCCAGGUAUAGAAAUUGACAGAAAUAAAAAACAUGGCGUUGUGUUAUACGAGGCUGCUAUGUCGACGAAACAUCGAUCUCCGCAAUUUUCGGAGUUUAUACACCUCCAGCCCACAUAAUGUCGCUAUUUCGAAACCACUGUGUAUGGGAAGUGCCGUUUGUGAAACUCACGACGAGAAGAAUGCACGCCUCAAGCGGCCUAUGUCUCCCCAUUUGUCUAUUUAUCAGAAACAAUUAACAGCGUUACUAUCGGUAACACAUCGCACAACAGGGAUCAUACUAGCAACUUAUGCUAUGACGCUUGGUUUAGGAACCCUGCUCAUCCCUGGAGGUAUACCUUGCCUUAUCGAAAUGACUCAGGAGCUAGGUUUGUCUGCUCCUCUUCUUUUCCUGGGAAAAACUGCAUUAGCUCUUCCUGCCACAUAUCACACAUUUAAUGGGUUCCGACACUUGGCUUGGGAUUUGGGAAAAUUCCUUACAAUUAAAGAAGUAUACAGCACUGGCUAUGCAGUGACUGCUUUAUCUGUAGCAUCUGCUAUUCUUCUUGCUGUAUUGUAAGUCUAAAUGAUUACAUUGCUACAUUGUGAUACAAUUUUCAUUCAAAAUUCAUUGUAUUAUCAAGUCAACAAGGUUUAACUGUGUUAAAUCUA